AUGCUGUUUGGGUGCCAACAGAACCCUGUGCUGGCAGGCAGCGCCUCUUUGGCCGCCCUGGGGGUAGUGGUCCUGUACUUCGGCCAGCCCGCGGGCUAUGGGAAGUACUCGGAGAGUCUGUUGCCGGUGGGUGCACGCCUGCCGGCCCGCGCUGCCUGGUUCCUGCAGGAGCUGCCUUCGUUUGUGGUGCCCGUGGGAAUCCUCGCCCAGCAGCCUUCCUCUCUCUUCGGCACGCCUGGGACGGUGCUCCUGGGCUUCUUCUGUGCGCAUUACUUCCACAGGACAUUCAUUUACUCAUUUCUCAUUAGAGGGAGACCUUUUCCAAUUAUAUUCCUUCUCAGAGGCUUUAUCUUCUGCUUUGGAAAUGGGCUCCUUCAAGGCUACUAUCUGAUUUAUUGUGCUGAAUACCCCUAUGAAUGGUUCACAGAUGUGCGAUUUAGCUUGGGUGUCUUCUUAUUUAUCAUAGGAAUGGGAAUCAACAUUCAUAGUGACUAUAUAUUGUGCCAGCUCAGGAAGCCUGGAGAAACCACCUAUAGGAUUCCCCAAGGUGGAUUAUUUACAUAUGUCUCUGGAGCCAAUUUCUUUGGUGAGAUCACUGAAUGGAUUGGCUAUGCCCUGGCUACUUGGUCUUUCCCAGGACUUGCAUUUGCAUUUUUCUCAUUCUGCUUCCUUGGGCUACGAGCUUUCCACCACCACAGGUUCUACCUCAGGAUGUUUAAGGACUAUCCCAAAUCUCGGAAAGCCCUUAUCCCAUUCGUCUUUUAA